GCGUCCAACAAAACAACCUUGCUGCUGAUUCAAACCUAACAUGGUUAACAAAAGCAAUUCGACUGUUUAUUACCCAAAUCUCUAAUCCGAUGGCCGGCAUGGCAGAAAAAGGAACGGUGAAAGAGACGAUACAGAUAUUUGCUCGUGUGAAACCCACCCGGGAGGAAACAAGUAAGGUGUACUCUGUGAACAAUGACGAGGCAGCAGGUGCUUCUGUGGAAUUUGUGGUGCCCAAAGACCUGGGGGAUGGUUACGUUAACAACAAACUGGAGAACUACAAAUUUAGGUUCCGGAGGGUGUUCGAUCAAACUGCUGGUCAAGAGGAGAUCUUUGAAACCAUUGCUCAGCCAGUGGCAGACAGAGUGUUGGCCGGCUACAACGGCACCAUCUUUGCCUACGGCCAGACGAACAGUGGGAAAACCUUCACCAUCACCGGAGGGGCUAGGCGCUACGGCGACCGUGGGAUUAUACCCCGCACCCUCUCCUACCUGUACCAGCACAUCGUUCAGGUCAGCACCCUCUCCUACCUGUACCAGCACAUCGUUCAGGACAGCACCAUGGUCUACACCACCCACAUCUCCUACCUGGAGAUAUACAACAAUGUGUGCUACGACCUUCUGGACCGCCAACUUGAAGCAUGCAGGCUAGAGGACCUACCUACGGUAACAAUCAUGCAUGACUCUGAGCAGAAUAUCCAGCUCAGGAAUCUGUCCAUUCAGCAGUCGGCCAAUGAGGAAGAAGCCCUGAAUCUUCUCUUCCUGGGUGACACUCAUCGUAUGACUGCAGAGACCCUCCUGAACAAGGCGUCCACGCGCUCCCACUGCAUCUUCACCGUGUACCUGUGCGGGCGCCAACCGGGCUCCGCCACUGUGCGGCGCUCCAAGCUGCACCUGGUGGACCUGGCCGGGUCGGAGAGGGUCAACAAGAUGGCCCUGGGGGGCCAGCUGCUGACCGAAGCCAAGUACAUCAACGUCUCCCUGCAUUACCUGGAGCAGGUUAUCAUUUCGCUGUCGGAGAGCCGCGCCCACAUCCCCUACAGGAACUCCCUGAUGACCUCGGUGCUGAGGGACAGUCUGGGGGGCAACUGCAUGACCACCAUGAUCUCCACCCUCUCCGUGGACAAGACCAACCUCAAAGAGUCCAUGUCCACAUGCCGCUUCGCACAGCGCGUGGCUCUCAUCAAGAACGAGGCUGUGCUGAACGAGGAAGAGGACCCUGUUCUGCUGAUUGCCCGCCUGAAGAGGGAGAACCAGUCCCUCAGGGAUGAGCUUGCGAUGGUAACGGGAGAACCGAGACAAGAGCAACUCACUCAGGACGAGAUCCAGAAGUUAGAAGUGCAAGUGAAGGACUUUCUGGACGACACUGACCCAGAGGCGACACUGGCACUGGGAACCGACCUCCAAAAGAUCCGCCGCUGCUUCACUUUACUGAAGACCAUCGUAUCCGGCCUUCGACAGCAGUUGACCAUCAUCCAGGAGAAGCUAGGACGUGCUAAUGGGACUGGGAACGAGCUCACACCUCUGUCAGCAGUAGCUACAGCACCUGACUUUAUUCCCUUGAAUCGAGCGGUGCGAGGCAUCCUGAUAAGCGAGAAGGAGGAGACGGAGAAGACCAGAGACCAGGACACCACCGCUCAGCUAAAUGGACCCCGGCUGUCCAUGGGAAAAGAAGAGGCCUUUGAGAUCUUCAUGAGAGACCAUGAGGACCGCCUGACCAUUGAGGACAACAAGGCCGUCCUGAAACAAAGGUAUAUUGAAGCCAAAGGACUCGGAGUGCAGGUUAAUAAGACCAGGGACUUCCAUCAGCCCACCUGUUGCAUCAAGCGUCUGCGAGUAUACACCGAGCAGCACGACUGGAACCCGCCGCCACCGGCGUUCCAGAGCCCCGUCUCUGAGCUGCUGCUGACACUGCGUCCCUAUGAGCUGAAGAAGCAGUUAGAGAUGCGUAGGAUCCAGAGGGCUGAUCAAGACCAAAUGAACAGCAACAUUUUAUCACAGUUCAACCAUUUGACCAAAUAUCAGCAAAUUUUGUUCAAGAGCUACAUCGGCGACCUGAAGACCCUAAGGACGGAGAUCCAGCAUGUACAGCUGCUGAUGGAAAGGGCAAAGGUCAAGCUGCAGAAGGACUUCAAGGAGUGGUGGAGCGAGGAGACGCCGGGGCCGCAGGUGACAGACGCUCUAGCGCCGAUGAUCUGA